AAAGCCCAAAGGGUACAACAUAUACAGGCAAAGGUACAAUCUCAGAAACACAAAAUUACAUUUACCCCACCCACCCGCAUCGCCGCCAUUCUCUUCCGUUUUCCGCCUCUCUGACCCCACACCACCCCUCCGCACCUCCCUCUCUGGAAUCGGAAUAAUCCUCUUUUUCUCUGUUUUUUUUCUCCUCAAUUUUGUUUUUCAAUCUGUAUAAUAAUUAGGGAUAUCUGUAAUUAUAUAGUGUUUUAGGGAUUAGUUGUUUGCUGUACAGAAUACAAGGAGAAAUCGCCAUGUCUGCAACACUUGAAAUCGUUUCUCCGCAGCUCGUUGAGGGUUUCCACGACCCCGCAAUCGAAACCCAGACCGAAACGGAAGCGAAGAACUGUUCAUUGUCGGUGCACGAGAUUAACCAACAAGGGGGGUGUGGCAUUAACAAUGUGAAUAUCAAUAACCAUCACGGGUUUUGUGCGAUAUGUUGGAAUACGAUUGUGCUUCAAGAAACUGCUCUUGUAAAAGGUUGCGAGCAUGCCUACUGUGUGACUUGCAUCUUGCGAUGGGCAUCUUGCAAGAAAGAACCAACAUGCCCUCAGUGUAAAAUUCCAUUCAGCUUCCUUAAUAUUCACCGUUCACUUGAUGGAAGCAUUCACGAUUAUAUGUUCGAGGAGAGUGUCUGCCUUCUGCUAAGAGCUUCAUGGUUCAACCCAAUUGUUGAAGUGGAAAAGGAGGUGGUGGAUAAAGUAGAAGCCUAUUAUUACGACGAUGAAGAAGAAGAUCUAAACGGAUUUUAUUUCAAUAAUUCAUCGAGUGUUCGCAUAGGUAAUCGAAGAUGGGGAGACAAUGGUUACGUUAGGACGGGUAGACAAGAAGCAAGACCAGCUCAUCGCCCCCAUGUCCAAGAUUCAGGUGUGGGACCAUCUCGUCAGCCUAAGAAGAAAGAGAAAGAAACUCCCGAUAAAGAACCAGUUGGUCGGCGGGCAAAAAGGGCUUUGAAACGCGAGGCUGCUGAUUUGGCAAAGCAUCAGCAACAUUUGACGAGGUUAGGUUUGGAUUAGAUCUAACUGUAGAGAAUUGCAGCGUGUACGGGAAACUUCACAGAGACUUCAACGCAUUGUAAACUAGUUCUAACUUUAGAUUUCGUCUUGAGGGAUUAGCUUGUGAUGCUCGUACUAUAUUGAUUUGGUGUUGGAUUUUUUAUGGUUAGAAUAUUUAUUAUUUUCAACUCAGGAGUUGGAGACAUGCUUU